AUGGCUGAUAGAAAAGUCAUUGUCGUUCUCCAUUCCUUGGCCCUCGAAGAUCCCAUCCCUCAGCGCUCUCUCACCUUCAGUGCUGCUUCAGAUCGUGUAGAGAUUGGCAGAGCAUCCAAGCGUGAAAACAAAAACCUCGCACCAUCUCUUCACAAUGCCUUGUUCGACUCUCGCGUAAUGUCUCGAACCCAUGCCGUGCUCCAUGUUUCAUUUGAAAAGAAGCUUGUUUACAUUCGUGAUCCUGGGUCUAUGCAUGGAACCUGGUUGAACAGGGAGAAAAUCCCAUUUGACAAGGAUAUCCCUCUAUCAGACGGUGAUGAGUUGACCUUUGGUGUAGAGGUUGUCCGAGCGUGCGAUACAUUCCCACCUCUCAGAGUUCGUUGCGAGUGUCGGUGGCUAGAGGCUCCAAAGGAAACUGUACAAAAAACCCAACACCAAGCUGCUACCAAUACUUUCUCUGUCCCUGACGAUGAUCUUGAUGAUGUCGAGUAUCUCGGUGACUCUCCGAUAGGCGGUCAGAAUGCCAUCGACCUUACUACAGACCAAACAUCCGAUUCAAACGCUUCAAGUGCCUGGUCGGAUUGGGAAGACAAUCAUUCUGUGGCUGAGGUCCCGUCCCCCAUGACAUCUCCCGCAAAGAAUGUUGAGUCAAAAGCCGGUCAGCCUGUCGACACUUCAAUGACGCUCAAGCAAGACAUGCCGCAAAAGGUUAAGCCCAGCAUUGAGAAAGUUGUGAACUCUGAGCAGCCUCUAGCGACUCCAAGAACGACACCGCCCUCAAUUUAUCAUGACUCGGAAGACCUCGGCGGCGACGACCAAUAUCAUGAUGAGUAUUUUGCUCACAGUUUGGAGGAAGACCCCAACGUUGGGCCCGAAGACUGGAGUAUUGGGGCCGAGGCGGAAGAGGACGAAGACGAGGAGCAGAAUGAGCAGGAGCAGGGGCAGGAGGAAGAGGUAGAGGAAGAGGAGGAGGAGGAGGAAGAAGAAGAGCAAGCGAUGCAAGAUGAGCACUACCACCAGCAGGAUGAGCUUGUGGAAAUGAGCGCCUUGCUUAAUCCAGUGCCUGGAUGUCUCCGGCUCGACGACAUUCAUGUUUCAAAUGAUUCCGUUUUAAACAAUGCUGAUACAGCAUCCAAUCGGAAGCAAAACGCUUCUAAUGAGGAUCGAAAUGCACCCCGGGUGGUCAACCCCGCAUCUAAUAAUCGUGGUCUACCUGACCCUCCCAGGGUUGAACCCGCUGCUUCAAGCAAUCUUUGGCCAGAGAAUAAACUCCCCAGCCCAGUCUCUCAAGGGGAACAGCCUAGGAAUUCAACCUAUUCUCCAAGUGGUCCUUUGCAGUCGUCCUUCGCAGAUGAUGAAACACAGCGCCUGCGUUACCAUUCUACUGAACAACUAUCUGGUCACUUCUCACGCGCUAAGCCCAUCCUGUUUCCACCGAUUCUGCAGAAUCAGCUACCUCCCGUCAGAUAUUCUCUAGAUACCCUGCCAUUUCAGGGUGUUUACCAGAUGAGCGCGCCAUACAACAACGGGCCUUUCGCGACCAGCCGGCCAAUGGCGGGCGCUUCAGCACCACAAGCGAACACAUCCAGCAGCAGCUCUAAGCCGGAUAUAAUGCCUUUCAUGGAUUCACUCGCACCGAUGAUGCCCAGAACAUCUUGUGAUGCAACGCAGGAUCUAACCACAAACACCUCGUCGAAGAAGAGGAAGGCAGCAGAGCUUGACUCUGAAGCAGCAGAAAAUGAUCAUCAAGAAUCUGGCAUCUCUUCAGGGCCGGAACCGCAGCAAUCGCUUAUGAAGAAUGAUGAUAUAGCAGAUGCCGAUCUCCCUGAUGCGCAACCACGGACCGUUGCAGCCCUUCUCAAUACCGAGUCAAAUGCUCUUGAUGGCUUUGACUCCCAGCUUACAACUGUGAGCGUCCCGGAGAACCCUAAGGAGGCCAAAGAGAGCGAGCGGCCGUCGAAAUUGAACAAGACUUCGCACAGGGGUAGCAUUAGAAGCCACGCUACGACGGCAAUCUUGGGGGCAGUUGUGGGAGCAGUAGGAACUAUUGCGGCUUUGGCUUCGCUUCCCCCAGAUUACUUCGCGUAACUGGAUUUUGAACAAUAGUAUGAUGGCGUUACGGUGGCUAAUUCUGGGUCUAAGGUUCUAGGGUCAGGGCUUAUUCAAUAUCGAGGUUUCCCACUCCUCUCGCUAGUUCUUUUGCAUGUUCCUAGCUUUUAUUCUGUUGGUACUCGUUCAUUCUCCGUAGGAAUGCUAGAAAUUGGACUCAAUUGAUGACU